UGUAGCUACAUGAGAUAGCGGUUUUGCUAUCUGCACGAGUUGCGUCGUCUGUUGAUGUUUUAUUUAGUUUUCUUUUAAUUCGAGAAAUAGCGAUUUCUACAGGAAAGGGCAGCGGGUUCUCGGUGUUUUAUCAUUUCAUAUAAAACUAAAACAUAGUAAUACACCGUGCCUGGUUUCCUAAUAUGGAAUAAGCGAGUUAUCUCAAGUGGAUUAGCAUAACCAGCUAGCUGUCCAAGCUAACGCUAGAUAAAGAAACCAGUCAGCAAACUGUGAUACUGUUCAGUUUAUAAUGGAAAGCGCAGGAUUCACCAAGCUGCUGUAUUAUUUACAAGACCCACACCACGUAGCCCGUUUUCAGAAGAUCUGUGGUGUGCGGGCGACGUUCACGAGCAAGCCAGCCGGCGUCACGAGCGAAGCGGAGAGGGCUCCAUUCAACAAACGGACUUGCAGCGGCGACGAGAACCGAGCUGCGAACUCGGCUGGCGACGGGCAGAAAACUGACAGAGUCCCACAGCGAAGAGUGUGCAGAACAGAUACGGUGAAACGGGAUGAGUUUCGGAACGGUGUGGUUAACGGGACGGCCUCGUCUUUGGCUGCGGGCGAGACUGUGAAUGGUCAACAUGGUGCGAACGACCGCCACUUCACCGGAGGCAAUGAACGGCUGUCAGAAAAUCGGUUUAACGGUUCUGGAAACGACACGAUGUCACGAUGCGUUCAAGGCAGUGCGGUUAAACCUCUGCGAAAGAACUCUCUCACUGGAGACGCGGGGCACGAGUUCCUGAUCGAGAGCAAGUUCCUUUACUUCCUUUUCACGUUCGGGACCGAGCUGGGUAACGAACUUUUCUACAUCUGCUUCUUCCCCUUCUUAAUCUGGAACGUGGACCCGUUCGUUGCGCGGCGCCUGAUCGUCGUCUGGGUCUGGGUGAUGUACCUCGGGCAGUGUACCAAAGAUAUCAUUCGCUGGCCACGACCCGCCUCGCCUCCCGUGGUGAAGGUGGAGAUGUUCUACAACUCCGAAUACAGCAUGCCUUCCACUCAUGCAAUGUCCGGUACCGCCAUCCCGUUAUCUCUAUUCCUGCUGACAUACGGCCGUUGGGAGUAUCCGCUGCUGCUCGGCCUCCUUCUUGCUCUCGGCUGGUGUGUGCUGGUGUGUGUGAGCCGUAUUUACAUGGGCAUGCAUUCUGUUCUGGACGUCAUUGUGGGUUUCCUCUACAGCCUGCUGAUCUUGGCUGCUUUCGCUCCCACCCUGGAUGUGAUCGACACAUUCAACCUGUCAUGCCGUUACGCUCCAGUCUUGAUCGUUUCAUUGCAUGCCGCCAUGGGCCUCUUCUCCUUCACCCUGGACACGUGGAGUACCUCGCGGGGCGACACCGCUCAGAUCCUGGGCACCGGCGCUGGCAUAGCUGUGGCAUCGCACCUCAACUACCAGCUAGCGCUGAUCCCUGACCCCCCUGCCUCCGCGUUGCCCUUGAGCCCGCCAGCCCCCACCCUGGGCCUGGCAGGCCUGUGUCUGCUAAGGUUUGCCCUUGGUGUGCUAGCACUCCUGGCGACCAGGGCCGUGAUGAAGGCCAUCACGGUCCCCCUUGUGUGCUGGACUUUCAGUAUUCCGAGCGGAGAUGUCCGAAAGGCCAGGCAGCACAUGCAGGUGGAGCUGCCGUACCGGUAUAUUGUGUACUGGACUUUAGGAUUCAGUGCGUUUUUCCUUGUACCCCUCCUCUUUGGUUACAUUGGCUUGUCCUGAUUGGCUGUAGGGAAUACCUGUAAAGCAUGGUGUCCAAUCAGAGUUCCAGCUGCCAGAUUAUUUGACGAAGCUGAUGCCAAAGUUUUAAUACUUCAGCUCAUCAUGGAGCAAAACAAACACAAAAAACAUAAAUAACAUGUACCCUCACAUUUUCUUCCAGAGGUAGCUUAGUGUAAAACACACAACCCAAUAGUGGUUUAUUCAUAUCAAGACCUCUUGACCCAAACCAGUGUGUAGCACAUUUGCAGCUAUUCAUUAUAUCUGGAGAAUAUUUAUCCCAAAUUAUUUAUAGAGGCUUUUCAACACUAGAUGUCUAUUCUAAAUCAGGUUUUGGUCAGCCAGGUUUUACCUUCAACAUUUGUCUUUUGAGGACUCUUAUUUUGGCAUAAAAAUUAGAUGUCUGAAUUUUCACAGACAGGGCACCAUUUUAUUUUGAAAUUUUGGAUGUCGUGAAAGGGCACAUAUUUUGUAUAACUGUGGUGGUACCCUGGGAUUGUAACUUCCCUUCAGGUUGUCAACAGCACCCUGGAUGCUUAAAGACUUUUUAAAACAAGCAAUCCCAUUUUUGGGAUAAUUAUGACAUGAGGACUUUUGGACAGCAAAAAGAUUCCUAUCUAGGAGAUGUAGAUGUGUCUUUUUUUUCUUUUGUUUUGUUGACUGAAAUACUUGUGCAGAUGAUUAAAGGUCUAUGAUUGACUGAAUGACUGACUGAUAUUAAAACAUACCAAAUUAAUUGUGAGACCUCAUAGGAUCUCACAUUUCACAAUCUGGCUCAUAUGUCCCAGAUGACAAGGGUAUGCGCUUUAACAUUGUCAGGCAUUUAAAAAAAAUGCUGAAAACCAUUUUUCUGAAUAUGUGGCUCAGUUCUACAUAGGGGACCAUUGCAUUCUCUUUGUUUAAAGCUAGAACAUUUGACUUUUGGACACUAGUCCUUGGGCUGUUGCAUUUUUAGCCUAGUACACUGUAGCCUGAUUCUCACCCAGAUUAACACUGAACUUUCAGGAUUGGUGUCCUGGAUGCAAAUCAAGCGUUGUUGCUCACCUACAUUAUGCUAUCAAUGUUGAUUCUCAUACAAAUUUUAGUAAAUCCAUGAUUUGUAAGAGGAAAGGUGAGGGAAUUAAAAACUGGACUACUGAAAAGAAGGAGGAAGGAAUAGAUAGAUAGGCUACUGAAAAGCUGAAGGAAUGUUCAGGGCUAGUCAGCAGGACCCUCUGACUGUUGUUCAUACCUUUAUAGUUGUUUUAACAAGUCAGGUAAAAAAAAUUUAAAAAAACAAGCAAAAAAAACUUUUGUAGUUUUUCAAAAACACUUUGUUGUUUUGUUGUCUGUGGACAAUCAGUUCUAACCACUAUGGUAUGUGUCAAGUGGAUGUCUGAUAUGUUUUUGUGUUUUUUUUUUCCUGAUGCGUUUGUUUAAGUUUGAAGACUUGUAGUCUAAGGCUUUCAGUGGUAAUAUGGAAGACAUUUAAAUUCCAUAUUCAGCACAUAGUUACAAGUUGGCACGUUGCUAAAUUAUAUUGGAAAAGUGUUGUUGUUUUUUUUUGUUUUGUUUUUUGUUUUUAAUAGACUUUGUGGCCUACUGGCUAAAUGUCGAAGUCUUUUCUUUCAAAUUAAUGUUUAGAAAGUGUUUGUGGUACUAUUUAAAAAAUGCACUAUUCCCAGAAUGCACUGUUCCUAUAUUUGCCACAGUUGCGCAUGAACACUGCCAGGGUUUCACUUCCUUAUUCCUGUGGCAUUGUUUGUCUCAUUUGUUUGCUCGCUCGUUCACGCACGCACGUGCACCCACCUUCCAGUCUCCUGGGGUUUCACCUUUGUAAACAGGAUGUACCACUGCCAUUGUGUCGGUGAUGAUAAAAAUAGAAUAUUGUGCUGAUAAACAAGAACUUCCCCCUGGCUAUAUGAACAGGUAUUACAUUGUUUGUUUGUUUGUUUGUUUGCUUGCUUGCUUGUUUGCAGGGGUUAGUAACAGUAAGAGGAGGUAAAUCACUGUAGUUUGUUUUGCGAGAGCUCAAUAUUCUAAUGUAUUUGGACAUUGCAGGGCUGAAGUCCAAGAAGAGGACUUUAAACUUGGACCAAAAUAAAAAAGCAACAAUAUUGAUAUUGGGUAUUGGGAGAGUUGAUGUGCAGAGUUGUCAUUAAUUUACUAGGUGUACAUUUAUUUUUUCAUGUCUGCUGUGAAAUUGCCAGCGCUUAAAUAUCAAAUCCUAUUAAAUAUUAAAACCUAUAAGAGCACAAAGGCCAUUAGUGUAGUUCUACCAAGCGUAUACAUAUUUCUUUGGCUAACAGAAUUUUUAUUUGGAAUCCCAAAUUAAACAUGUAUAGCACUCUCAUUCCUUGGUUUUCUCCACUAGACUACAAUUUAAAUCGAUCGUUGUCUGUUAGUUCCUAUCGUCGCCUCCAGUCUUUUCCCAUAUUGCUCUGCGGCAUCACCAUUCAGGUCUCUCUCCCUCACCGUUCUGGCUGACACAUGUGUGAUCGGCAGCUUCGGGGGAGAGAAAGGAACUCUUAAGGAUUCUUCCCUCACAGGCCUGGCCCAGCUGUGUCCAUGGUAACCCUCAAUUGCAGCCCAACCAAUCAUGCGGCUGUCUGGAGCACCAGUGCAGUGCAAGCCACACCCCUCAAGGCUUGAUUUCGCUUCUUGACCAGGUUCGUGACACCAGUCCCAGUCUGCCUGUGUCAGAACCUGAAUAAGGCAAUGAGUUAUUAGUCAGGGAUUGACGCUUAAUCUGGGCUUUUAGCAACCCUCUUGUUUUAAAUGCUGUUAAUUGUGAUUCUGCUGUGCCUUGUAACCUUUACUGUAUAAUUCUGGAUAAAACAUUAUAAAACUUAUUUCUUAACCCAUUCAGUAAUAAUUUUGAAUUGAAUAGAUAAAUACUGUUGACACAAUCCAUAACUAGUAGAUAUUUUGAGUCUUUUGUGUCUGUCUGAACUGAGAGCAAUAAUAAUUGCUUGUUUGUUUUCCUGUUAUCUUAAACCAUAGGCCAGAUUUCCUGAGGAAGAUUAUUUGAUGUAUGCAGAAUAAAAAGUAUGGGUCAAAUAGACCCAUAAUGGUAGUAGGGUUUCAUUGCUGGGUGACCGUCAGGGCUUGAAAAGAGUUUAUCACUCAUUAAGUUUCCAUCUCGUAUAUAUUUGGAAACUGACUCAUUCACUUGCUUGGUUAGUGAAAAAUGUAAUAGAAUAUGUUUAUAGUAACAUUUUGCUAACUGUUAUUUGUAUUUUUAUCAUUUUUUAAACACUGCCAAAUGUGUCUUGAACUGAGUCUGGUAGUUUGGGUAUGAAGGAGGGAUAAAAUGUUGAAAAUUGCCUUCCUUUUUGGUGUCACUGUUUAUCUGUGUGAACCUGUUUUUCCAUUUACUGUUAAGCCUCAAAGUUUCCAACAGCUUUAAGUAAUAUUGGUAAUUAUUUCUCUGUUGAGUACAAAAAGGUAAUUAAUGUGUGGUUACCACUUACCAAAUGACAGUCAUGAAACGUUAACCCUAGUUUUGUCAAGCAACGUCAGCUGUAGAAGAGGCUAAAUAGCGCCCCCUAGUGCACAUUCUGCACCUGCAGAACAGCACUAUUCUAGUUGUAGUGAUACAGGGCAAAAUGACCUUUAACACAGUGUUAAAGAUACGUGGGUCCAAAUGCUUGAUUUUUUUAAAUUUUUUUUUUAUCUGUUAUCUGAUGAACAUUUUUAUGUUUUACUAUACUGUAAUGUUUGCAUAAUUUACUCAGAAGCAAAUUGUCUAUUUUUGAAAUUGCAAAAUUACAAUAAAAGUAUUGCCAUCUUA